AGCCACUAUCCAAUCACAGCACAGGGGGCGGGGCUCCUCCAGGCUCGAUAAGAACGUGCUUCCGGUUUAAAGCCUCUGCAGCCCAUCGGGAGGCGCUAAUUCUCCAGUUGUGGAUCUACAACCUUCAAAACAGCGGAGAAGCAGAAAAUCUGCUCUGAUCCACCAGCAGAGAUACAGAAGAUCUGCUUUGCUGAAGACAUCCCAGUCUGUUACCCUAACUUCAGCGUUGGUGCUCAGAAACACAUGAUGUCCUGUUAGACAUCUCCUCCUGGUCUUAGUGUCCACUUACCUACAGAGCUCAAAUUCGCCUCCACAAACAGAUUAGGAGGUCAGCAAGUGGAAAACAUCACCUUGCUGAAAUCAGGUGGAAUCAAACACGAGAAUAUGGAGUCCCAAAGAAGCUCGGCUGCUCUACAGACGUCCUCUGGUGCUCUCCGCACUGAUGCAUCUCGCAGACGAAGGCAGAAGAGCACCAAUGAGGAGAGACGUCACUGCUGCUCAGAGUGCGGGAGAACUUUUACUCAGCUGAGCGAUCUCCUAAAACACCAGAAGAUCCACGAAGAAGAGAAGCCGUAUUCCUGCUCGGAGUUUGGAAGAAGUUUCAGUGCUGGGAGUACCCUCAAGAAGCACCGGAGUUCCACUCUACAGAGUGAUCUGCAGCUACAGAGAGAGAAACCGUAUCACUGUUCACUCUGUGGAAAGAGUUUUAAUCGGAGAGGUAAUCUGGAAACACACCAGCGCAUCCACACAGGAGAGAAACCGUAUCAGUGCUCAGAGUGCGGGAAGAGUUUUCAUCAACGAGGUAAUCUCCAACUACACCAGCGCAUCCACACAGGAGAGAAGCCGUAUCAGUGCUCGGAGUGCGGCAAGAGCUUCAAUCAGCAGAGUCAUCUCCAGUUACAUCUUCGCAUCCACACAGGAGAGAAACCGUACUGCUGCUCAGAGUGUGGGAAGAGCUUCAGCGACGGAAGUGCCCUCAAAAAACACCAGAACGUUCACAUGGCAGAGAAGCCGUAUCACUGCUCGGACUGUGGGAAGAGUUUUAAACGACAGAGCGAUCUGCAGCUGCACCAGCGCAUUCACACCGGAGAGAAACCGUACCACUGCUCAUACUGCGGAAAGACGUUUAGACAAGCAGGUACCCUCACAAAACACCAGCGCAUCCACACAGGAGAGAAGCCGUAUCACUGCUCGGACUGCGGGAGGAGCUUUAAUCAGAACAUUCACCUCCAAGCUCACCAGCGCAUCCACACAGGAGAGAAGCCGUAUUACUGCUCGGAGUGCGGCAAGAGUUUUAAUCAGCACAGCAAUUUCCAUCUACACCAGCGCAUCCACACUGGAGAGAAACCGCAUCACUGUUCGGAGUGCGGCAGGAAUUUCAGGUUCUCUAACACUUUAAAGACCCAUAAGUGCACCAAGAGGGAGGCGCUGUACAUCCACCAGUCUGCAGACACCAGUUCCUCUAGCAUUCCUUCUGAAAUGAAGGGUGUUAAUAGUGAGUUUGUGCUGCUGUAACAGUCUGUACUCUUUUGGGAAGGCCU